AUGCCAACGACGUCACUUACCGGGGAAAUGGCCAUAAGUACAACUAAAGGGCUCGAAUUAAGUGAGUCCCAAUCCUCCUUGACAUUGAUUUCCAAGGAUCGCCCGGAUUUAAUAAAAAGCCCUGAUACUCCACCGCCCUUCAUGAGAAACUUAAUGCAGCGUCGUGCCUCUUCGCUUCACUACCAGACAUUUCCAACCACCCCUCCUGCAACUAGUGGUCCUCCACCCGUAGAUGGCUUCUCAUCACCAUUAUCAAACACGUACAGCCAAAAUGCCGACAAUAAUAGUUCCAAGACGGGUGAUACUGGAGCGAAGUCAGAUAAUUCGACGCCUAUACCGAUAAAACAGCUUACUAUUCUUGCUGUAAUAUCUCUGGCUGAGCAGACAGCACUGAAUAGUUUUUCACCUUAUCUCCCUGAAAUGACCUCCUCAUUUCCGGACGUGGAUAAAAGGAAGGUUGGGUUAUUUGUUGGGAUCAUUGCAAGUUCUUUUGCUGCAGCUCAAUUCGGCACAAACUUUUUCUGGGGAAGACUGAGUGACAAGAUUGGGAGGAAGCCGGUUAUUCUUGCGGGUACACUGUUAACAGCGUUGUGCUUUCUUGCAUUUGGCUUCUGUAGGACGCUUUUUCAGGCGGUGGCUGUACAGGCUGUUAUGGGUUUGGUAAAUGGGAAUGCAGGGAUUGUUUCCACGGUCCUUGGUGAAAUAACCGACAAGUCCAACCAAUCGACUGCAUUUUCUUACCUUCCUGUAGUCUACGGCAUUGGUGGGAUAACAGGCCCUCUGAUCGGCGGCAUCCUUGUUCACUCGUCCCGUACCGGUGUAUUCUCAGAAUACCCAUAUUUACUUCCCAAUAUUGUCGCAGCAGUUUUGUUACUACUCGAUUUAUUAGUGAGUAUUUUCCUUCUCGACGAAAGCUUGAAAGAAGCGCAAUCUCUUCCGCCAUUAGGAAAGCGGGUCAAGAAUUUAUUUGUCUGGCUAUGGCAAUUCACAGCCGGUGCCAAACCAGGAUAUCUUCACACUUCAUCAAAUAAUCGAGAUUCGUCAUCACGAGGGGAAGAGCACGAGGAUUACUUCGGGGAUGAAAUUGCCACCUCCGCUUUAUUCCCCGAGAUAUCAACUCCUCCAUCAUAUCGAUCAAUCAUCACUCCGGAAAUUGCCGUCCUCCUAAUAACAUACUCAAUCUUCAAUCUCUCGAAUAUAUCCUACAAUUCGCUAUACCCAAUCUUCGUAUCUUCCGAGCCACCCACCGGACGCGGUCUAUUUCCAAAAGAAAUCGGCCUUUCUCUUGCGUUUGUUGGUACAAUUUCGAUCGUAUUUCAACUCCUUUUGUUUGGACCAAUGCAAGAGCGGCUUGGAAAUCAUUGGGGAUAUCGACUUGGAUUAUUCGGCUUCACGAUUGCGUUCUGGGCGAUGCCGUUCGUUGGGUAUUAUGAUGAUCAUGACCCGAGCUCUAAAUUCUGGCUCUGGGCUGAAUUGGGGGGCGUGCUUUUCUUGAAAACGUUAAGCACAGUGAUUGGACUCACAUGUGCAAUGCUGCUCAUUACAAAUGGGAGCCCUAACGCCUCCACCCUGGGGACACUUAACGGACUCGCGCAGACUCUUAGUGCUGGAGGAAGAGCUAUAGGACCUUUAGUUAGUGGCGGGUUAUUUACAGCGGCCACCACAGUACCAAAAGGGGAAUUUUUGGCAUGGGGUGUCUUUGGUGGAAUUGCAGGGGUGGGUCUUAUAUUGAGUAUGAUAUCAGUGAAAGGGAGAGCACUUGAAACCAUUGACGAAGAGGAGGGGGAGAACGAGGAUGAGGAAGGCGACAAUGAAUCCUCUGGAUUGUUGCGUGAUCGCAGUGGGCACAGAGAAUUAUAA